UUCCAUUCCCUUGGCUGUGCGUAAAAGUACAGGGCGCGGAGCUCCUGUCAUCAUCCUCAUGCUCUCCUCCUCCUCGUCAUCAUCACCAUCAGCAGCAGCAGCAGCAGCAGCAGCUCCAAGUGUAGCAGACCAGAGGCGGCCGGCUGCUGCAGCCCAACAUGGCCCCUCGGUGCCCGCGUCUCGCCGGCUUGGUGCUCCUCCUGCUCCUUUUCGCCGCACACGUUAGCGCCGGCGCAGGCCUCGGUGCGCCGAACAACGACACCCACGCUGACGGAGAGGAAACCCCGAACCACCGGAACCACUCGUCCGUGCACAGAAAGCCUUUCCCGGUGUUGUCCUUCAACUACGAGAACGUCAGGAGGCCCUUCGAGAUCUCCUUAUGGAUCCUGCUGGCUCUCCUCAUGAAGCUCGGCUUCCACAUCAUUCCCAGAGUGUCCAACGUGGUUCCAGAGAGCUGCCUGCUGAUAUUCGUGGGCCUCUUGGUGGGCGGCGUCAUCAAGGCCAUCCGGGAGACGGCACCUUUCCUCGACACCAAGCUCUUCUUCCUCUACCUGUUGCCCCCCAUCAUCCUGGACGCCGGCUACUUUCUGCCCAUCCGCCCCUUCAUGGAGAACCUGGGCACCAUCCUGGUGUUUGCGGUGGUGGGCACGCUGUGGAACGCCUUCUUCAUCGGCGGGGUGAUGUACGGCGUUUGCCGCCUGGAGGGCGCCCAGCUGGCCGGCGUGGACCUGCUGUCCUGCCUGCUGUUCGGUGCCAUCGUGUCGGCCGUGGACCCUGUGGCCGUGCUGGCCGUCUUUGAGGAGAUCCACAUCAACGAGCUGCUCCACAUCCUGGUCUUCGGAGAGUCGCUGCUCAACGACGCCGUCACCGUGGUGUUGUACCACCUGUUUGAGGAGUUUUCCCACGUGGGUGUGGUGACGGUGGCCGACGCCCUCCUGGGGGUGCUGUGCUUCUUCGUGGUGUCCUGCGGGGGAAUCUUGGUGGGCGCCAUCUACGGAAUCCUGGGCGCCUUCACGUCCCGCUUCACGUCGCACUCGCGCGUCAUUGAGCCCCUCUUCGUGUUCCUCUACAGCUACAUGGCGUACCUGUCGGCCGAGGUCUUCCACCUGUCGGGCAUCAUGUCGCUGAUAGCGUGUGGCGUGGUGAUGCGGCCGUACGUGGAGGCCAACAUCUCCCACAAGUCCUACACCACCAUCAAGUACUUCCUGAAGAUGUGGAGCAGCGUGAGCGAAACCCUCAUCUUCAUCUUCCUCGGCGUCUCCACCGUAGCCGGCCCCCACGCCUGGAACUGGACCUUCGUCGUGGUCACGGUGGUCCUCUGCCUGGUGUCCAGAGUGCUGGGUGAGGAAGGGGGGGUGUCUCCGUGGAUUCCUCCUGGAAGGUCUGACCCCGCCCCGGCUUGUGUUUCAGGCGUCGUCGGCCUCACGUUGGUCAUCAACAAGUUCCGCAUCGUCAAGUUGAGCAAGAAGGACCAGUUCAUCGUAGCUUACGGCGGCCUGCGAGGCGCCAUCGCCUUCUCUUUGGGCUUCCUGCUGACCGACAACAGGAUGAAGCACCUCUUCCUCACCGCCAUCAUCACCGUCAUCUUCUUCACCGUCUUUGUGCAGGGGAUGACCAUCAGGCCUCUGGUGGAGCUUCUGGAAGUCAAGAAGAAGAAGGAGAGCGACGGCUCCUUUAACGAGGAGAUUCACACGCAGUUCCUGGAUCAUCUCCUCACAGGAAUUGAGGGCGUCUGCGGUCAUUAUGGACAUCAUCACUGGAAAGACAAGCUGAGCCGCUUCAACAAGGCCUACGUGAAGAAGUGGCUGAUUGCGGGCGAGCGCUCCACCGAGCCGCAGCUGCUGUCCUUCUACAACAAGAUGGAGAUGAAGCAGGCCUUGAUGAUGGUGGAGAGCGGCGGCGCCGCCUUCAGGCCGCCGUUGAUUGCGGCGAACGUGGAACCCAAAGGGCCGUCCAGACGCAGGACCAACGUCUCCAGGAAUCGUGAGAAGGAAAUCCGAAAGAUGCUGCACGCCAACAUGCAGAAGAACAGACAGCGGCUUCGCUCCUACAGCAGACACGACCUCAUGAUCGACCCCUUCGAAGAUGACAACGUGAGCGAGGUUCGAUUCAGGAAGCAGCGAGUGGAGAUGGAGAGGAGGAUGAGCCACUAUCUGACAGUGCCUGCAAAGCCCCCGGAGAUCCCGUCCGUGAGAAGAGUGGCCUUCGAGCCAGAACACCGGGUCUACACGUACGAUGACGGUGACAGAGACCCGGCACCACGCUCAGACCCGAGCUCCCCCGACGGCAUCACCCUGCUGAACGAGUCCCGGCGGAGGUCCGACCCCGGCGAGGAGGAGCAGCUGAUGGUCUUGCGCCGCCUCAGCGACCCUGGUCCCAAGUAGAAGAUGGUCACCGUGAUGGUCGGAGGACCCAGAAUGCAUCACAGCCCAAGCUUUAUUUAUUCUUUUGGUGUGCGCUUGUUUUACAUCGCUAGAGGCGCCAAACGGGUGGAGUUUCCCCUUCCAAGCACAAGCAUACCGUGUCCACCAGAGAAUGCUUUCAUUUCCAGUAAUGUUGCUCAAAAACACGUCUGCAUGACAAAGAAUCCGUUUUUCUCAGGAACUUCAUGGCUUUUUUUCUGACGGGUGUUUUUAGCGUGUUGGACGUUCCUCCAGCAGCGCUGCCGCAUAUCCCGUGAUGUAAGAGUUGCCUUCAGGUGGUAAAAGCUGAAAGCAGCAUGCAUAUCUACACUGCCCGAGCUUAAGCUGCCUGCAUGUUAGUGUUUGUGCCAGAGUAUUUUUAUACUUUCAGAAAAGUUGAAGUCAUUUGUCAUGAAAAUAAAGGUUGGCUUG